AUAUUUACAACUAAAAUUUUCUUGUUUUUUACAAUUUGUGGAUUGAAGAAUUAAGUGAUCAACUUAAAAGCGAGGCUGCUGAAGCUACCCCCUUAGGUCAUGCCAGAUGACACACAUGAUGCCAAGGCGCUGAAAUUGGCCGCAGCCAGAAAGAAGCAGGAGUACCAGCAGCGCAACAACAACCAUGCCUCCACCGUCAGCAUCGCCAGCAACUUGUCCGAGCGUUCCGACAGCGAGGUGAAUGUGAAUGAAAAUGGGGGAGGAGGUUCCAGCAGUCUGCAUGUCCGGCAGCAGUCGGAGGAGGCUGUUUCCCUGGCAGCCUUGCCCACCCCCACGGCAGCUGUGCUCUUUACGCAGCCAGAACCGGACUCGCCCAUAUUCGCUCCGAAUGGAGCCCCUAAUGAAUCCAAUCUCCAGACCAUUCAGGUCAUCAUUGCGGAGAAGGCCCAAUUGAACGCCGAGCUGACCAGAGCACGUGUCGCCUGUCGGGAGCGCGAGCUGGAGCUAAAGGAGCUGCGCACCGAGCAGGGUCAGACCAGACUGCGCCUUGAGCAGCUACAGCAGCACUGUCAGGGACAGCAGGCCGGUGUGGAACAGCAGCGCCACCACAGUGCCCAGCUCUUGCACAAGCUGACUGAAUCGCAAGCACAAAUCGUGGAUUAGCAGUCGCACCUGCUCGAAAUGGAGGCACAGCUGAAACAGAUAAACCUCCGUCAGGAUGAGCUACAGCGGCAGCUGGCCAAGAAAUCGGGCGAACUGGAGAUGGCUCAGCUGAAGCUGCGCCAGCUCUCCGACGAGUCCAACAUCAAUGCCGACAACCGCGUAGAGUCCCUCACCCAGACGCAAUACAUGUACGAGCAGCAGAUCAGGGACCUGCAGGCCAUGGUGGGCCAGUUGACGCAAGACAAGGAGCAGACCUCUGGCCAGUACCAGAACUAUGUCCAGCACCAGAACAGCGAGAUAGCCAAGCUCAACGAGAAAAACUCUGAGCACACGGAGGAGUUGCUCGAGCUGAGGGAACGCGAGCGGCAGCUGGUGGAGCACGUGAGUGGUCUGGAGCGCGACAUACAAAAGAAUCUGAGCCUACAAGCGCAGUUCAACGAGGCCAGCCAACCCCAGACGCCUGCAGAGCCGCAAAUCGAUCAGACUGCUUUGACAACAGAGCUUGCUGCUCCCAAAGAGCGCCUCAGUGACUUUGACUUUAAGCGACACGAGUUCCAGUUGAAGAUCAAGUCCCAAGAUGAUCAGCUGCAUGUAAAGGAAGCGGCACUCGCUGAGAUGGAGCAGCAGUUGGAUCGCCUGCAGUCAGAGCAGCCGGAUCAGUCCAAACUCCUGGCCACCAUGGAAUCGGACAAGGUGGCCGCCUCGCGGGCCCUCACCCAGAAGAUCCGGCUCUCGCACGAGAAUGUUGAGCUCCAGCUCCAGCAGCUGAUGCUGAAGCAGCAACUGGAUCGCCUGCAGCUUUAUGAGGUCAAGGCUUACCAUAGCCAGGCAGGGAAGCAGCCUGAUGAAACUGGAGAACCAGAAGAACGUCCAUGUCCACCAGGAGCAUCAGGAGCAUCACCAAUUGUCACGCGGUUCUCUGCCCACCGCCGAGGCCGUGUGCGGGAGAAGAUCGAGGCGCUCAACAAGCUGGUGGCCAGCCUGGGCGUGGAGUUGCCCGCCGACCAAGUCCAAGGGCAGCCGCAAACAGCAGCACUUCAGCACACUCCGAGCGAACAGGAGAGGCCUCUUACACAGACUCCCUCCAACGAAGACAGCAAUGGGGAAAACUCGCAGCAGAUUCUGAAUAAGAUUCAAAACAUUUUCAGCGAGAUCAAAGAGAACACCGAGCAGCCAACGACUGUCCUCUCCGGCCAUCCUGUGGAUCACCUUAACUGUUGUCUGGGCAAAUUCGAGGUGGUCUGAUGUGGAUGCUGCUCUCAAAGUGCAAUUAUUGUCGGCCUACGUAAACCAAUCUACAUACUAUAUACAUAUAUAUAUACGAUUGUAUUUAAAUGUCCAUCCUAU